AUGCCCCAAGUCCCCACACCCCCAAGUCCCCAGGCCCCAAGUCCCCAGGCCCCAAGUCCCCAGGCCCCCAAGUCCCCAGGCCCCAAAUCCCCACACCCCAAGUCCCCAGGCCUCAAGUCCCCAAGCCCCCAAGUCCCCAAGCCCCCAAGUCCCCAGGCCCCAAGUCCCCAGGCCCCAAGUCCAGAGCUCCAAGGAAAGGCCAGCGAGGACCGAGGGACAGACCCCCCUGAGGAGCCUCAGAGGUGUGAGGCAGCGCCCCAACCCACAGAAGACACACCUGCCACCGGCGUGCCCCUGACCGGGGUCUUGAGUGCCAUUCGGCCACCCACUGGCCCCCCUGCUCCUCACCCCCAGGACGUGCUCUCCACACUGUGGCCGGAGCGAACCCUGAGGGGCACAGAUCUGGCGCAUCCCUGCUUACGACCCUCCCGAGUCGUCCGUCCCCGAGUCAUCGGUCGGGGCACUUGGGAUGAAACCCAGCCUCUGGCGGCAUCGGCCCCCUGGCCCUGCGGCCCUUCCAUCACCCGCGGGAGCCUGCUGCUCCCGGGGCGGCUUCCGGCCUCUGCCUCCUCCAAGCAGCCCUCCUCGCACCCCAGCGUGCACCCCACCCCUGCAGGUGGCAUCGCCCUCUCAGCCCCCCAGGGCAGACCAGGGGCACAGAGGAGCAGGGCCCCAGCCCCAGUGCUGCAGGGGUGGGUGCCAUCCAGGAAAGGCCAGUCUGCCCUCCAGGGCUGCCCCAGACAAGCUGAGCCCCUAUGCCCUGCCCACUCUGCCAGGGCUGGUCCAGCUCCAGAUGUGAAAAGAUGCAGGGAAGGCGAGCUCUCCGAAACCCGGACCACACCCUGGCCUUUCCUCCGUGUGCCUUCUGGGGCCAAGUCAGACAGAGAUGCCCUGCGGGCUGAGGAGGAGGCCCCACUGUGGGUCAAGGAAGGCUCUGGCCAUGAAGAGGCCACCUCCUCCCCUCUCAAAGGGAAGCAGGGACUUCCAGCAGCUCCUGGUGAGAGAGCUGUCCCAGACCCCACGGGCUUGGUUCUCCAGCUUCCUGCCGAUCCAGGAGCCCCAGGAUCCUUCCAGACACUUCUCACUGGUUUUGGUGGCUCAGGGCUGCUGACCGUCUCCCCCAGGCCCAGCCGUCAGGAAAUGGGUCGGGGCUGGGCAUCUCUGCCGGGGCUUCAGGAGGGGCCCCUGCCCCCACCCUCACCUGGAAUCCAAACCAGGCAGCUGCCUCCAAUGCUCCUGUCCCUCAGGUACCUUCAGCACCCUGAUCACAGGCUGCAGGCCACCGUGACCCUGCCCCAGCUUCAGCGUGCAGGGCAGUCAGGACGUGGGCUCUGCGGGCCUGGGUCGUCCCAGCCCCCACUGUUCAGCAGUCAGGCCCCCCUGCCUCCUCUUCUUGCCAAACCUGGGUGACGUGUCAUGCACCUGAUGGCAGGCCCUAGAGCUCGCACCCAUGAGAGCACCUGUGGGGCUAAGUGGCGACCUCAACCACCAGGUUGCCUCAAGUCAGCCUCUGGCCCACUGGCAGCUGCCCCACCCAGGAUCUGGAGAUCCUCCCAUGUGCCGGGCCUCCGGUUUUGUUGGGGCAGCCACACUAAGUAUGGGAAUGAGAAGAGAAGGAGGAAGA